AUGCUCGUCUACUCCGGCACGAUAGAAGCCAAGGAACUUGCCUACACCCUGAUAUUUCCCACCGACAUCAAAGAGGGCGAAGAAUCAAUCUAUACCUGUUCUGGGUUACAAGGCGAGCCAGCGAUUAUCACCACGGUGAUACAGAAGGGAAAAGUGACAAAGGCCGACGACGUUGGUGGGAAAAUCAGCUUUACAUGCCAACAAGAGCAAGAUAUGCUUAAGGGGACUGCGAUUAAGAUCGUAGAUGUCCCGACUGAUGUCGCGGUUUGCCUUGGAAAGGAGUGGCCUGGUACGAUGAGACUAGUGAUCAAAGAUUAA